UAAAAGACAUUAUGCGGUUUCAUCGUAAACUUGAUCUGUGAACACAUUGACCAACGCCGAAUGCUGCCAACUGCCGAGAUGGUGGAGAAAAAGGACGGCUCCAUGGAACUGCUGCCAGCCUUAGCAAAACUACCAGAGCAACGGUUGCAUUGUUCACUUGAGCUCUGCUGCUCUGCAGCGAAGUUGGCACCGGAAAACAACACGCUAAUGGCAUGCAACGACAACAAGAUUACCAGCUCCAACGCGUUCGCCUGUGCAGAUUCUAUUGAAGAAAUUUUGACCGAGAAUCAAACUUCUCGAUACAUCAAAUCGGGAAGCAAAUCUCAGGGGGGUUGUGACGACAACGACGACGAUGAAGACAUAAGCUUGAAUACAUACGCCAGUACGUUGACUACGUAUGGAGAAACAUUGAAUGGAGACGUCAAGUCUCUGGAGUUCCAAUACACUAUCGAGUCGUCUAGAUUUUUUGUGCUUCAAAACGGGUGUGGAGCAAACAUAUCAGGAAUUUUGGAUGAAGAUGGAUUCAAUGAGGAAAUCGUCCUUGUCCGACGAGACGGCGCUGCAUUGACAAGCGAAAACGAAGAGGACGAGAUCAUGAUCAAAAUUGAUAACCAGAAAGACUUGGCUGCCAAAGCAGCGACAACUAUCCUCCGAUACAGGUUACCUGUUGACACCAAAGAGCCUGGCAGAAAUAAAAUACUGCUCAAGAAAUCGAAGCUGUCGAACGACAGUGUGCCAAACACUACCACUCCGGUGGGGCUAUCCUUUACUCCCUGGACCGGAAGUGUCGAUGAGGUGGAUAGCCGAAAAGAUAUUGUUCCCAACCACGAAGAGUCUUGUGCCGUAGGAGUCCAAUCCGACGAGAGCACGAUCAACACUGAUGGUACCACCAAAGAUGAGGGUGACGACUGCAAGGGUGCAAGGCAGACAACUAAAAAACCAAAUGCUGCGGGUAGAAAUGGUGCCGCAAUCGCGAGUGAAGUGAGCAUCGAAGUUAUUGGGAAGGGAAUCAAGAAGAAGAAAAAAAACCUAACGGCGAAGAGUGUUCAUCGUAUGAUAGAACGAAUGGUUUCCAAUCUUCGUUCAAACGAUGAGAAGAAUGUCAAGAAGAAUAGUGGUGAAAAGAACAAGGAAAGAGGAUCCUCUAGGGUUAUUAGUCGAGGAAGCUUCUGAUUUCUAGGAGCUAAUUUCGAUUGUUUGGCACCACGCGAAACCAGAAGACUAUAACAUCAUACCCAAUCUCGUCGGGGAUCACUUAGUACCAAACAACAGCAAAUAUGUAUUAGAAUCGUUCGGUCAUGCUUUCGAGAUACAGUAGUGACAUCAAGUAGUAAUUGUUUAAUUUGUAACGUAUUAUUGAGUAGCAUUGCUAUUUUUAACAUUAUGCUUAUCUACAGUUACUAUACAUGCACACUAUGCACCGCAUCCUAGAUAGUGCAAUAAAUAUACAGCAGAAUA